UUCACUUGACAUGUUGGAGUACUAUUGAAAGGUCCUCAAUUCGACACCCUUUAUUCGAUACUCCAAAAAUAUUUACAUCCAUUGCUGAAACAAACACAAAAUACAAACGAAAAAUGGCGGCCAUAUUAAUAAGAUCAUUCUUUGGCGCGAGUUCCAAGAAAGACGCUAUCAAUGUUAUGAUAUUUCUCGACGGGAUAGGAUCUUCAAUCGCCUCGCCGAAUCUAUAGGACGGAACUUCACCCCGUAACAAUAAACAAACUUUGCGAAAACAUAAAUAUAAAUAAACCUCCAUUGAAGCACGCCUUUAUUAAGACGUUCUUGAGGUUGAAGAGGAUUCCACCGGUGACUUUCUCUCUCAGAUUUCUAUUGACACCGUUCAAAGUAACCAAUACAGUGUCGCUGCCGACCUGAGCUCAAAAAAUGCCAAAUUUAGAGAAGAAGAGAUGGAGUAAAGAUAACGUGACGAAAAGUCUUUAGCGCGCGUCAACUAUUUUUGUUUAUUACGAUAAUAUAACUCGCGAAUUAUACAGAAGAAAAAACUAUUGAAUUAUCUAUUGUUGUUCACAUCCUAUAAACUGCAAUUAAUGCGAACAAUGAACUUCUUUUUGUACAUAUGUGCUUCGUAAUAUACUUUAUCUUGACACAUAGUCAUUCUCGAUUUUCUGAAGUCUAUUGUUUUGGCUGCAAUACACCUGCGUAUGGCAAACCAUUGAAGUGUAAUUAAAAAUCGCCCGGCUUUAAUACUGGUUUGUUCUUCGGGCUGCUAUCAAUUCACCGGCUGAAAAUUUUUGGRAUGUGACUUGAAUAUGGAUUUAGCACCAUUCUGGAGAUGACACGACUGGAAAAGUACGUUAAUUGACAUCUUUUCGUCUCUCCUUUGAAAGACGUAGACUAAGUUCCUGGAGACCACUUAAGGAGGGAUUUUGUUUGGCUUUGAAUCAAACUGUUAAUUUUUGAGUGCUUCUUUUCUUAAAAAGCUUAAUCGGUGUGAAAGACUCCAAGCCUUUAUUUGACACCAUUAUUUCAUAUAGCAGGCAUUUAGGCUAUAGAGGUUAUGACUGAAGAAAGCAGAAGUAAAUUGUAUAAUUAAAGAAACACUUUCARGAAAAAAACAUGUACAACUCCUCGCAUUCGACUCGUUUCUCGUAUGAUCAGUGCUACUUCAUCGGUAACCAACCCGCAGACUACACACAAGUCUUCUCAACUACUUACAUGGCAAUUCUCAUCAUUAAUGGGCUGAUAUGCCUACCUACGAUUGUUGGGAACUUUGUCAUAAUACUUGGAAUAGGCAUAACUCCAGCCCUUCAAACCGUCUCCAAUGUUUUACUGAUUGGUCUAGCGUGUUCUGAUCUUGGAGUCGGACUUCUCGUCUCACCUCUUAACGUUGCCAGGAUUGUUCCUAAACUUCAAGGAAGACCGUUCAAUAACUGGUGCACCGUUCAGGUUGCUUACACGUUCUUCGGCGUGAUGUUUUGUGGAGUGUCGUUUUUGACUAUCGCGGGUUUCACGAUAGAUAAGUAUCUUGCGCUACACUGGCACUUGAGAUACGCGGCUAUCGUUACGACCAGGAAAGUCUCUUUUAUUCUGCUUAGCUUUUGGGUUAUCUUUGGUGCAAUAUCAACGAUACAGAUUUGGAGCAUGACAAUGUACCGCAUAAGCGUGUGCGUUGUUGUACCUUUAUUCCUGUUAGUGACAUCCGUCAUAUAUUUUAGUAUCUAUCGCGUUCUACGAAGACAUAAUUUCCAAAUACAAACCCAGUCCAAGUCUACGGGCCACAAUGAUAGCAGCGUAACGGGCAGCGCUCUGAACAUGGCUCGCUACCGCAAAUCCGUGACUAGUAUGUUCUUGGUAUAUUGUCUUUUUGUCCUGUUUUAUAUUCCUUACAUAUGCGUACUGAUUAUCAUUCUGUAUACCACGCUUAUGUACAACAGUGACAAUMAUAAUGGUAAUAUUGAAGGGUACCAGAGUUUGUAUGUUGCUGUGGACGUGACGGAGACAGUGGUUAUAAUCAACUCCUUCAUGAAUCCUCUGAUUUAUUGCUGGCGGAUGAGAGAAAUACGACAAGCGGUGAAAAGAGUUCUAUUAAUGAUGAGAUUGCGCACUGUCAUCCAUCCUUUAGCGUCGUCCAGAAUCGAARCUAUCCCAGCCUAAUUCAAUUCCUUCAAAAAUAUCCUCCAUGACUUCAAACAGAAUUAUAACAAUUUCAAAACAAUUUUCAAAWCAACCUAUGAUUGAUUCAAUAUCAAUCAAGGAAAUCCUAGAAAAUGCAGAACUAGUACUCUAGAAAGUGAGAAAAUAAAUUGAAUUGAAUUUUUGUCGAUUUGGGUCGAAAAUUAUCAUGUUUUUGCUCGUCAAUGAUUGCCCUUUGCGAGCAGAAUUAAUGAAUUCAUUAUUCAACUAAUUCAACUUUAGCUUAAAAACGUACCACUUAAGAUUAUCAAAAUUGUGAAAUGUAGAUCUCAAUAUAGGAAUACAGCGCUGACCGUUAGCAAUAAUGUUAGCAAUAAUGCAGUUAGAAAUUUUUUUUUUUCAACUUUUGAUCAAAGCUUUUCAAAAUUUUAAAAUUGGCUAAAAUGUUUCAGGGGAAAUUAGGAAUUCAUGAUAAAUAUUCAGAUUUCCAAUGUUACAUUAUAGAAAAGUGCUUAAAAACGUGCGAAAAAGUUAAAUAUAUGUAUACAAAUGUACGAGCUAAAGUAAAAAGUUGAAUUACUCCAAUGUCGUCAAUUUUGCAAGAAGUUUUUUGUUUGACAAAUACGUCUCAGUUUUUKUGAUAUACAUUAAGUAAAAAGAGAAUAGUUUUGAAAAUCUAGAUGUUUAAGACUCAAACAAAACUAAUGUCAUUAAACUGAAUUGAAAAUGAA